CAGCAGCUUCAAUUGAUCACGCGUCGUUGUCCAAGUCAAGCCAAAAGACAAGCUUCGUCAUCGGCCCACACAGUUGAAUUUGAAGUUUUUACAAGACAUAGUAAUUUUAAAAAUAUAUAAAAACCUGUUUUUAUUUCCAAAACAGACUUAAUCAAUUAAACUCGCGUUUAAUCCGUAUAAAAAGUAAACAUGCAAAUCAUUCGUUCACAAUUGAUCCUGUUUCUGGGAGUAUACUUUCUGUUUCUACUGCGAAAUGCCUCAGCCGGAAAAAUUAAACUGUUGGCUUUUAAGGGACCUCACGCCGGAUUUGUGGGUCUCAAGGUUCGCACUCCAAAGCUGCUGGGUCUAAAGAGCGGAUUAGUGGGUGGCGCUGCCGGAUUUGGACUCGGAGCUGCUGUGGGCGCUAAGUUGGGCGCUGGAUUAGCAGGAAGCCAUGGAGGUGGUUUCGGAGGUGGCUACGGAGGAGGACACGGCGGCGGUUACGGCGGAGGAUACGGAGGAGGAUUCGGAGGAGGAUAUGGAGGAGGAUAUGGAGGAGGAUACGGCCGAAGCAGUGGCUAUGAGCAUCACGAAUAUCACGAAGAAAGACAUUACAGCGGAGGAUCCGGAUACGGGGGCGGCGAUAUCGGAGGCGGUGCUUGGGGAAAAUAAGUAUUGAUUAGUGGGAUAAGUUAAAAACCAUAUGAUUGCCAUCAGAAUCGCAAAUUUUUGUUAUUUAGUUUAAUUCAUUUGACCAUUAAAAUAAGUAAAACAAAUGUAGUUAUAAUUCCAUGAUGUGCUGCUUGGGUCACUUGCUGGGAUGCCAGCUUGUGUUCCUCGUCGCUCUCGGUUAUUUUUUUUUUUUAUUUGGGAAAAGCAGCCACAUUGAAAAUGUGUUAUUCUGAAAUUUUCUCACUUUCGAUAAACUUUUACACUUUCCGUACAUUUACAUUUUGGGCGACAUCUUGCGAACGUAUGUUGAGACAGUCACAUGUAAAAUUCAAGUAUAGAUGGCGCUACAUGUUGGCUGAUGAUGCCCUCUUGAAUUAUUAAAAGCAAGAGGUUUCCGUAGUGUAGUGGUUAUCACGUGUGCUUCACACGCACAAGGUCCCCGGUUCGAACCCGGGCGGGAACAAAA